AUGCAAAAUAAAACUCGUGUUAGACCAACAAAUUCGGCUUCUUCUUUAACUGCCGGUGCUGUGAGUGAAGAACAAUUUCGUCAAGCAUUUGAGGCUGUUUUGGACUUAAGGGUUACUUCCCUCAAAGAUUUGAUUGCUGAAUGUCAAAAACAAGCGGUAAUUUUGGAAAAUACAAACAAUGAUUGGACAAAACGAAUUAAAGCGCUUCAAUCAUUACGAGGAUUGAUUAAACACGAUAUUGGAUGUUAUGCUCCUUUUGCCGAACAAGCGUAUGGAUUGCUGGGAACUGCUUUGGAAGUGUCUGUUAAGGAUUUGCGUUCUCAAGUUUGUCGUGAAACUUGCAUGACGAUUGCGUUUGUUUUUUUUUUAUUUUUUUGUAAAAUAGGUUUACUUAGAGAACUGGUUUUUUUGUUCUGGUUAGGGAUAAGUUUUUUCAGCAUUAGAGUCGAUCUUGAUUUCUGUUUAGGAAUUAGAUUAUUGAAAUAAAUCAAAAUUUUGGACAGUUUUUUGUCUUAUUUUCGGACUGGGUUUUAUUAACAGUAUUGUUACUUUGUGUGUUUACAAUUAACCCCUUAAUUUUAAUGAAGAUCGGAUAGAGAAGGACUGGAUAGCAAGGAUGUGACGAGUUACCCGAGACCCGGACUUUUUUCGACCCGAAACACGAUCCGAAGAAAUUUUGA